CAAAGACAACUCCCAAAAGUCGACUGAGAUAUCCCUAGAAACAGCGAUCACAAUGAAAAAACUGAAACAAUAAAGAGAACAAUUGAUUUGCACCACAACAAUAAAAUAAUUUAUUAUUAAAAUUCUUGCUUUGUGUGCCGUGAUUUAAACUUGAAAUUCUGUCGGUUUGUUACAUAAAUAAACAGAUCAAUAGCUUUUAUUUGUAUACAAAAGCUGGCCGCGAGUGUAAACAAAAAAGCUACCGAAAGGAAAAUCUCGUUUGCAGUCGAGACGAUGAAAGAAAGUAGAGAUGUGAAAAAAUGUUUUUGAUUACCUUUAUAUGGCUUCUGGAACAUUAUCAAAAACCUUCGAUUUGAAAUUGGAAAAAAGUACAACAGAUCAAUUGUACAAUAAAUUAAUUAUUUUAAUAAUUCUGUAAUAAUAAUUGAAAUUAGCAUCGUAUCAUCACGCACAGCGAUAGCGUUUGUUGUCUGAGUCUUUUGCUUAACCCAUUCGUCGCAUUUCACCCGUAAAACCGUAAAACAAGAAAGACCUUUAUUGUUUUGCUAUUUGCCAAGAGGGCCGCCGCCAGCGAUCGCUUGUGCUUCUUGUUCAGCUAUCAACGUUAAUUACUCUUGUGACACCCAAAAUGAGUAUUAGAACCCGUUCUUUAAUAUUUUCAACUUUCUUUGGAAGUUGUAUAGCGAUCGGUUUACUUUUGGGUAGUUUAACCACAGACAGCUGGGUAAGGGCAACACCAAAGCGAGGAAAUUCAUCGUAUACCUCACAGGAAUCAACCGGUGAAGUAAACUUUGGCUUAUUUUAUGGCAGUAAAGUUUUAAAUUCUGGAAUUGGAGAACGCAUUACACCGGUUGAAGUCUACACUUUCAUACAAACGGAACCGGAUUCUAUGAACUUUUGGCUUUGGCUGUUCACAGCUUUGGGAGCUGGCUUUGGUCUAUUGGGCUGUGCCAUUUCGGCCAUUGCUGCUGUCAUUAAGUCAGCCUCGGCCGCCAAGGGCCCCAUUAAUCUGGUAAUACUCAUUGCAUCAAACAUAUCCUCAGCGGUGACACAAGUUGUUGCAUUCAUCUGCUGGCUAGUACAAUUCAUACAAUAUCUACAGCACAAUGUUUUGACGGUGGCCGAUCAAAAACAUCACUGGUAUAGCAAAGGUUUAGCCUCCUUGGGCUAUAGCUUUUACAUGGUUAUACUAUCAACUCUAGUCGUUAUAAUAAAUAUUGGUAUAUUAUUGUAUGCCCGGCAUUGUGAUCGAAGGGAUCGCCAACGUUUGGAGCCGCCAAGUGAAGAGAAAAACCAAUGUGCUAUAAUGUUGUAUUAGGCACAGAGCACAAUGCUGCAGGAACAACAAAAAACAACGCUUACUCGAAUAAUGAACGAAUAUUCAGAAUCAGUCCAUAUAAACCUAUACAAAGUACUCUAUACUUACUCACGCUCACUACUUUGAGUCGAAGUUUAUAACAUUCCUCAACAAAACAAUACAACAAAAAGACUUUAUUUGCCUUUAUUGCCGUAAUAUACACACCUGCUUACCUACAUACUUUUUACUUAUACGAAUCUCAUGCUGAUAAUAUAUUUCAAAUCAUAGCUCAUAUACCCACAUAUAUUUUAAGCUUUAUAAUGAGUUUUAUUUUGGAAGUAUCCUCUCAAGUAUUUCAUAUAUCUCUGCAUUUAUAUCUAAACUUAUGUUUGCAUUAUAAUCAUCCAAAAAUGAUGUGAAUUUUAAAUAGAAGUACCAUUGCAAAAAUCUACAUUGAAUUGUACACUUUUUUCUACAAAUGUAUGCGAUUUUUCCUGUAUGGUAUUUUUAAGUCAUCUUAAACUGUUAAGUUUUUAAUAAUUUUUAAUAUUAAAAAAAAAAAUAAAAUAAUGAAUUUGUAA